AACCUGGAGAUCGACCCCAACGCGCAGUGCGUGAAGCAUGAGGAGAAGGAGCAGAUCAAGUGCCUCAACAGCAGGUUCGCUGCCUUCAUCGACAAGGUGCGCUUCCUGGAGCAGCAGAACAAGCUGCUGGAGACCAAGUGGCAGUUCUACCAGAACCGCAAGUGCUGCGAGAGCAACCUGGAGCCGCUGUUUGAGGGCUACAUUGAGACGCUGAGGCGGGAGGCCGAGUGUGCGGAGGCCGACAGCGGGAGGCUGGCCUCCGAGCUCAACCAUGUGCAGGAGGUGAUGGAGGGCUACAAGAAGAAGUACGAGGAGGAAGUUUCUCUGAGAGCAACAGCUGAGAAUGAGUUUGUGGCUCUAAAGAAGAAUGUAGACUGCGCCUACCUCCGCAAGUCAGACCUGGAGGCCAAUGCGGAGGCCCUGACCCAGGAGAUUGACUUCCUGCGGCGACUGUAUGAGGAGGAGAUCCGCGUCCUCCAGUCCCACAUCUCAGACACCUCGGUCGUCGUCAAGAUGGACAACAGCCGGGACCUCAACAUGGACUGUGUCAUGGCCGAGAUCAAGGCUCAGUAUGACGACAUCGCCAGCCGCAGCCGCGCCGAGGCUGAGUCCUGGUACCGCAGCAAGUGUGAGGAGAUGAAGGCCACGGUGAUCCGUCACGGGGAGACCCUGCGCCGCACCAAGGAGGAGAUCAACGAGCUGAACCGCAUGAUCCAGAGGCUGACGGCCGAGGUCGAGAAUGCCAAGUGCCAG